AUGUUCACUAUCAUGGGGAUUUGGGAAGUACUGAAUUCUUCUCUUUCUCACUUUACAUCUCUUCUCUCUCUCUCUCACUUUACAUCUCUUCUCUCUCUCACUUUACAUCUCUUCUCUCUCUCUCACUUUACAUCUCUUCUCUCUCUCUCUCACUUUACAUCUCUUCUCUCUCUCUCUCACUUUACAUCUCUUCUCUCUCUCUCUCACUUUACAUCUCUUCUCUCUCUCUCUUUACAUCUCAUCUCUCUCUCUCUCUCUCAUUUCAUCUCUCUCUCUCUCUCUCUUUACAUCUCUUCUCUCUCUCUCUCUCUCUCUCUUUCCCAUCUCUUCUCUCUCUCUCUCUUACAUCUCUUCUCUCUCUCUCUCUCUCUCCCUCUCUCUCUUCUCUCAUCUCUCUCUCUCUCUCUCUUUAAUCUCUCUCUCUCACUUUACAUCUCUUCUCUCUCUCUCACUUUACAUCUCUCUCUCUCUCCUUUACAUCUCUUCUCUCUCUCUCUCACUUCCCCCUCUUCUCUCUCUCUCUCUUUACAUCUCUCUCUCUCUCUCUCUCACUUUACAUCUCUUUCUCUCUCUCUCACUUCACAUCUCUUCUCUCUCUCUCACUUCUCAUCUCUUCUCUCUCUCACACACUCAGUAUUAGCAACAUUCUUUGACCCUCUUCUUCCCUCCCACUUUCUUUGA